AUGCAAUUCAAGACCGUCGCGGCAUUCUGCCUCCUCUGGCUCGCUCCCCUCUCCCUUGCGGCCCCCACGCCAAACUCAGAAAACACGCCCGAUCACAAGUUUCCUAUAGAUCACUACUUGAAGAACAUUAUGCCUUUCCAGCUUCAGCGGUUCAACGAAUUCCGAAAUCAAUUUCGUGAGAUCGUGACCCCGGAACAAAAUAAAUUACUCGAAAAACUCGGGAAUAUGUUCAAGUCCGGAAAUUUCAAAGACUUGGAGUCCCUCGUAGCUGAGGGUGAAUCGAUUUUCCCUUCUGAACAAAUGCAAAAAAUCACCGAUAGGGAUAUCACCACUCCUCGCAUCUUUUUCAAGCAGGCUCGUACGUUCGGCCCUCACUACCAUCAAUUUGUCUCCCAAGCGCGGACCAUUGUCGUUUGGUACCAAUAA